AUGAAUAUACUUCUACAUCUGCGUCGAUGGCUACAUCAGGACAUCCUCACAAGGAAGAUAAUUGGUUAUGGUACUAGAAGAGGCAAGCUGUAUUUUCUGGAUUUGGCACCAAGUGGUGAGACUCGGAUUUCUCAAGCCUUCAAGACUAGUGGAGAUCCGACCGAGAAAAAUCAGAAUUUUAUUUGGUUGUGGCAUAGACGGUUGGGUCAUGCCUCCUUUGGAUACCUUUAA